GUGGUGCUGAUAGUCGCCGUCUGCUCUAAACAGGGUUGUUGCACCGUCAAAAUUGCAAGGCAUGCAUAUUUGGUUGUCAUUUGCCAAACACAGGAGCACAAAAUCAAAUACAAUUACCCAAUUUCUCUUGUACAAUACUCAUGUAGUGUGAGAUGUGUAUGGUAUUGUGUGACUGCGCUUGGGACCCGCCACUAAUGUAUAACCGCUGGACAACACUGGCAGCUGGUGAAUUCAUGUGGCUGUGGUGAAUUUUGUCUUUGUUGAGAAAAAAAAUGUCGACGCGAAAAGUAUUUAAUCAUUAGUCAGAAAAGCCUGUCUAUGCGAAUUCUCUAAAUUGGGAAAUUAAUUCAAAUAGUAAAUAUAACGACGUACAACUGGACAAAGUGGCGAAAGCAAAGCGCAAGUUAUGUAAAUCCAAGGAACUGAAUUUUAUGCACUUUACAAGUUUGUCAGACUCUUCGACACGGUGGCGUACCUGUCGACCACAAAGUGAAACUGCAGUGGGGAAAGUCGCACACGCAUAGACAGAAAUACGCAACAUUGGACAGAAGAUCAGGAACAAUAGACAGGAGCAAAAACGGGACUGAAGCCCCAGCACAACAUGGACAAUUGCGAUCAGGACGCAGGCUUUCGGCUGGGUCCGAUUAAGGAGGAGGUUAAACCGGACAUAUCGCAGCUUAAUGACAGCAACAACAGCAGCUUCUCGCCCAAGGCCGAGAGCCCGGGCCCCUUUAUGCAGGCCAUGAACAUGGUGAAUGUCAACAAUAACAAUAAUCCCAAUCAACAGCAGCAGCAACAGCAGCAGCAGCAACUACAACAAUAUCCGCCAAAUCAUCCGCUUAGCGGGUCAAAGCAUUUGUGCUCCAUAUGCGGGGAUCGAGCCAGUGGCAAACACUAUGGUGUCUACAGCUGCGAGGGCUGCAAGGGCUUCUUCAAGCGCACAGUGCGCAAGGAUCUCACAUAUGCUUGCCGCGAGAAUCGCAAUUGCAUCAUUGACAAGCGGCAGCGUAAUCGCUGCCAAUAUUGCCGUUAUCAGAAAUGCCUCACGUGCGGCAUGAAGCGCGAGGCUGUGCAGGAGGAACGACAACGCGGUGCCCGCGCCUCUACAGGACGAUUGAGCGUUGGUGGCGGUGCAACUGGUUCUGGCAUUGGCGUGGGUGGAGGUCCCGGCAGCGGAGCCAAUAGUGCCUCCGAUGAUUUUAAGCCCAAUAGCGUGUCCCGCGACUUUACCAUUGAACGUCUCCUCGACGCCGAGCAGCGGGCGGAGGCGCAGAGCGGCGAUCGGGCGUUGGCAUUUCUGCGCGUCGGGCCCAACUCGACGGUGCAGCCGGACUACAAAGGCGCCGUAUCGGCGCUCUGCCAGGUGGUCAACAAACAGCUCUACCAGAUGGUAGAAUAUGCGCGGCUAAUGCCUCACUUUGCCCAGCUGCCACUCGACGAUCAGGUGAUACUAUUGAAGGCAGCGUGGAAUGAGCUACUUAUUGCGAAUGUGGCAUGGUGCAGCAUCGAAUCGCUGGACGAGGCGAUCGCAGGAGUGGGCCAUGACAGCGGCUUUGAGCGACGGUCACCCGUGAUGCAGCCGCAGCAGCUGUUCCUCAGCCAGAGCUUCUCGUACCAUCGCAACAGUGCGAUCAAAGCGGGCGUCCAUGCCAUCUUCGAUCGCAUACUUUCCGAGCUGAGCGUCAAGAUGAAGCGCCUCAAUUUGGAUCGGCGUGAGCUGUCCUGCUUGAAGGCCAUCAUUCUGUAUAAUCCGGAUAUUAGAGGCAUUAAGAAUCGUGAGGACAUCGAGCUGUGCCGCGAGAAGGUCUACGCCUGCCUCGACGAGCAUUGCCGGCUGGAGCAUCCGGGCGAUGAUGGUCGCUUUGCCCAGCUGCUGUUGCGACUGCCUGCACUGCGUUCGAUUAGCCUGAAGUGCUUGGAUCAUCUCUUCUUCUUUCGCAUCAUCAGCGAUCGGCCGCUGGACGAGCUGUUUAUCGAGCAGCUGGAGUUGCAGCCGCCGCCAGGCCUGAUCCUGAAGCCCGAGUGAAUGCGACGCGAUGCGAUGCGCUUGUUAUCGAUCGAAUGUGUUGCAUGCAACGGCGAUCGAUCGAAUGUUUCAUUGUGAUUGAGUUUGUUUGCAUUUCUCUGCCAACCACGCCUCCAACCCCUACUUCCGCUCCCUCAAAAAUCUGAUCUGAACUUUUAUUCUUCGUCUAAUUAGUAAC